CUCCUCGCCUUCUCCUUCCUCGAAACGCGUCGUCCCUUCCCCACGAUCGCGCGUCGCCCCCUUUUGUUCCCCUCCUUCCUUCGGGGAAGCCGCGAUCCGUGCCAUCGGCGCUUGAUUAUUUGCAAACUCCCUGUGCCUUCCCUCUUGCCCCCCCCUUCUCCCUCUCUCUUUGCCUCCUCCUCCUCCUUCUCCUCGUUCUCUCAUUGCUCUCCCUUCUCCGACAACUUUUGCAGCCAUCUCCCGGCCAGGACCGGCAUGCGGAGCUGAGAGAGACCCCCUUUUUGUGGCUGCCUCUCCUUCCCCCCUGCUUGAAGACCGAAGGGGGUCCCGGUGGUUUGGGGAGGAGGGGACUGGGGAGAGGUGCCUUCUCCUCCGCUUGACCUCUCCUCCUCCCCCUCCUCCUGCUUCUCCUCCUCCUUCUUCGCCCUGCCUUGCCUUCCCUUUGAGCGGCUGCGGAGAGAAAGGGAUGCGGGCAGGAGGCGGCUGGGCGACGCGGCGGCGGCGGUGGAGGAGGCUCCUCUCCGGAGAGACCCAGAGUCGGCUCAAGAUGGCAGAUUGCGAUUGAGUUUUUUGCCACGCCGGGGGAGGGAGGAGGGGGGCCCAGGAGGAAGAGGAGGAAGAAGAGGAGAAGGAGGAGGAGGAGGCGAGGAAGGGGCUCCCCUUUGGAAGAAGGAGAAAAAGAAGAACCCACAGGCACUGAGACAACCCUGCUUCGCUGGCGUCGCCUUUCGUGGCCAUGAAUAACAGGCAAACCUCGCACCCAUGGCCCCCAUGUACGAAGGUAUGGCCUCGCAUGUGCAAGUUUUCUCCCCUCACACCCUUCAAUCAAGUGCCUUCUGUAGCGUGAAGAAACUAAAAGUGGAACCGAGUUCUAACUGGGAUAUGACUGGGUACGGCACACAUAGCAAAGUGUACAGUCAGAGUAAGAACGUGCAAUCCGCUCAAGCAGCCGCCACCAUCAACGCCUCUCUCCAGAUCCCGAACCCAAACAUCCCUUAUGAGCAGACCAUCAUCUUCCCAGCCAGCACAGGGCACAUUGUGGUGACAUCCGCCAACAGCACCUCUGGUGUGGUUGCAGUAUCUGGACAAGCGUUGGGUGGACCACACAACCUGAUGCGUCGAAGCACUGUGAGCCUUUUGGACACAUACCAAAAAUGUGGACUUAAGCGCAAGAGCGAGGAAAUCGAGAACACAAGCAGCGUUCAGAUUAUCGAAGAGCAUCCGCCAAUGAUUCAGAACAAUGCCAGUGGGGCCACGGUAGCCACCACAACCACGUCCACUGCUACAUCCAAAAACAGUGGCUCCAACAGUGAAGGGGAUUAUCAACUGGUACAACAUGAAGUGCUGUGUUCCAUGACCAACACAUAUGAAGUAUUAGAAUUUCUUGGCCGGGGAACCUUUGGGCAAGUGGUCAAAUGCUGGAAACGUGGCACCAAUGAAAUUGUGGCCAUUAAGAUCCUUAAGAACCAUCCUUCUUAUGCCCGGCAAGGUCAAAUUGAAGUGAGCAUACUGGCCCGGUUAAGCACUGAAAGCGCAGAUGAUUACAACUUUGUCCGCGCCUAUGAAUGUUUCCAGCAUAAGAACCACACCUGCCUGGUCUUUGAGAUGUUGGAACAGAACCUCUAUGAUUUCCUAAAGCAAAACAAAUUCAGCCCACUGCCCCUUAAGUACAUUAGGCCAAUUCUGCAGCAAGUAGCCACGGCCUUAAUGAAAUUGAAAAGUCUGGGCUUAAUCCAUGCAGACCUCAAACCGGAAAACAUCAUGUUGGUAGAUCCAUCUCGGCAGCCAUACCGGGUGAAGGUCAUAGACUUUGGUUCUGCUAGCCAUGUGUCGAAAGCUGUAUGUUCAACAUACCUCCAGUCCAGAUACUAUAGAGCCCCUGAAAUCAUCCUUGGUUUACCCUUUUGUGAAGCAAUUGACAUGUGGUCUCUGGGAUGCGUCAUUGCGGAACUUUUCUUGGGCUGGCCUUUAUAUCCAGGAGCUUCAGAGUACGAUCAGAUCCGGUACAUUUCACAGACGCAGGGUUUGCCAGCUGAAUAUUUGUUGAGUGCAGGGACAAAGACAACAAGGUUUUUUAACAGGGAUACAGACUCACCUUAUCCACUGUGGAGGCUAAAGACGCCAGAUGAUCAUGAGACAGAGACGGGAAUCAAGUCAAAAGAAGCAAGAAAAUAUAUUUUCAACUGUUUGGACGAUAUGGCCCAGGUGAAUAUGACCACAGACUUGGAAGGAAGUGAUAUGUUGGUGGAAAAGGCAGACCGGCGGGAGUUUAUUGAUCUGUUAAAGAAGAUGUUGACAAUAGACACAGAUAAAAGGAUAACGCCGAUUGAAACGCUGAACCAUCCAUUUGUCACCAUGACCCACCUACUUGAUUUCCCUCAUAGCACUCAUGUCAAGUCCUGUUUCCAAAACAUGGAGAUCUGCAAGCGACGUGUGAACAUGUAUGACACGGUGAACCAGAGCAAAACACCAUUCAUCACCCAUGUGGCCCCAAGUACAUCAACCAACCUAACCAUGACCUUCAAUAACCAGCUCAAUACAGUCCAUAACCAGGCCACCACCCUGGCUCCCACCUCCACCACCAGUGCCACUAUUUCCUUAACCAAUCCUGAGGUCUCCAUACUAAACUACCAAUCUGCACUCUACCAGCCCUCGGCAGCAUCCAUGGCCGCCGUGGCCCAGAGGAGUGUGCCCUUGCAGACAGGAACGGCGCAGAUAUGUGCUCGCCCUGACCCCUUCCAGCAAGCCCUCAUCGUUUGUCCUCCAGGCUUUCAAGGACUGCAAACGUCUCCUUCAAAGCAUGCUGGCUAUUCUGUCCGGAUGGAGAAUGCUGUCCCAAUAGUCACUCAGGCCCCGGGGGCUCAGCCCCUUCAAAUUCAGCCAGGACUUCUAGCACAGCAAGCUUGGCCUAGCGGUGCUCAGCAAAUCCUGCUCCCGCCAGCUUGGCAGCAACUGACUGGGGUAGCUGCCCACACCUCGGUCCAGCAUGCGGCUGUCAUCCCAGAAACCAUGGCAGGAACCCAGCCCCUGGCAGAUUGGAGAAAUACACAUGCUCAUGGCAGCCAUUAUAAUCCCAUCAUGCAACAGCCUGCACUUUUAGCAAGUCACGUCACCCUUCCAGCAGCUCAGCCCUUAAAUGUCGGUGUAGCUCACGUUAUGAGGCAACAGCCUACCAGCACCACCUCUUCGAGGAAGAGCAAACAGCACCAGUCCUCAGCAAGAAAUGUGUCCAACUUUGAGGUGUCCUCUUCUCAGACGAUUAGCUCUCCGCAGCGGUCGAAGCGCGUGAAGGAGAACACCCCACCUCGCUGUGCCAUGGUGCAUAACAGCCCUGCCUGCAGCACUUCUGUCACUUGCGGGUGGGGCGAUGGGGCUUCCAGUACCACACGGGAACGGCAGCGACAGACGAUUGUCAUUCCUGACACGCCCAGCCCUGCCGUCAGUGUUAUCACCAUCAGUAGUGACACGGAUGAGGAGGAAGAGCAGAAGCAUGCACCUACCAGCCCGGUGUCUAAGCAAAGAAAAAACGUCAUCAGCUGUGUAACUGUGCAUGACUCCCCUUACUCUGAUUCCUCUGGCAACAACAGUCCCUAUGCAGCGCAGCGCCGUGGAGGAAAUAACAAUGGAAACACCUAUGAUGCCAAGGGAGUCCCGGAAACACAUUGCAAUGGCAAUCCCCGGACAAUUAUUGUGCCACCGCUGAAAACCCAGGCCAGCGAGGUGUUAGUAGAAUGUGAUAACUUAGUCCCAGUCACCACCAGUCACCACUCUUCCUCCUACAAGUCGAAGUCCUCCAGCACCGUGACCUCCACCAGCGGUCACUCUUCAGGGAGCUCGUCUGGAGCCAUCACCUACAGGCAGCAGCGGCCAGGACCACAUUUCCAGCAGCAGCAGCCUCUUAAUCUUAGCCAGGUCCAGCAGCACAUCACGACCGAUCGCACAGGGAGUCAUCGGCGACAGCAAGCCUACAUUGCUCCCACAAUUGCUCAGGCACCAUAUUCCUUCCCACACAACAGCCCCAGCCAUGGCACGGUCCACCCGCACUUGGCUGCCGCCGCCGCUGCUCACCUACCCACUCAACCUCACCUGUACACUUACACCGCACCUGCUGCUCUGGGCUCCACAGGCACGGUAGCCCAUUUGGUGGCUUCACAAGGCUCGGCUCGCCACACUGUACAGCACGCUACAUACCCAGCCAGCAUUGUCCAUCAAGUUCCAGUCAGCAUGGGCCCUCGUGUUCUCCCGUCGCCCACAAUCCACCCAAGUCAGUAUCAGGCUCAGUUUGCCCACCAGACCUACAUCAGUGCGUCUCCCGCCUCUGUCUACACUGGGUACCCCCUGAGCCCCGCCAAGGUCAACCAGUACCCUUACAUCUAACCACUGGAAUGUGGAAACAGACAAGCAAAAUAACACAGGAUGAAAAUGGUGGCUGCUUUUAUACUGAAGGAUGCUCCAGGCGAAUGAACAAUGCAAUGGGAGGCUCAAACAAAACUUGAACAAAGACUUUGAGGAAGAUGCUAGAGGAAAGGAGAGACAAGGUUGAUCCCAGUCCUACACUUUUUAUUUAAAAAAAUGAAAUGAAAAGAAAAAAAAAGCUUAAAAGAAUGAAAAACAGUAACAGAGAAAAAAAACACUCUGCACCAAACCACAUGGUGGGGGAAGCAGAAGGGCCAUAAUUGUCGGGUCCGGCUUUUGAAUAAAUUCACCAAUAGACUUUUACAGAUUAUUUUCAUCUGAUUCCAGGAGACUACAUUUAGGAAUUUGCUGUUCAGACCUUCUAGUGCAAAGUUUCAUAGGUGUUUGGGUAUAUAUAUUUUUUGUUAAAUUAAGGCAAGAAGCAUACACAAUUAGGGAUUUAUCCAGAUUUUCAAAAGGGUUAUCGUGUUGUCAUUGCACUGGUUGCUGUAGCCUAAAAUACAAAAAAAAAGAGACAA